AUGAUUGCCUCUCAGACUCCCCUCUGGGCAGUCGUCCUGACGAUACUAUCGACCCUAACCCCUCAAGCAGCCGCCGCCGCAACCCCCAACUGCCACUGCUACCUCACCAACGGGUCGGCGCCCAAGUACUUCGCGAACCAAAAGUUCUUCGACUUCCGCAACAUAGCGAACCCGCGAGUCCCGCCGGCCAUCAACAACCGGGACGGCUCCACCAACGCCCCCGUGACCCACGCCUACUUCAACACCACCAACUUCACCAACACGUGGUCCAUACAGAACUGGGUCGACUCGGGCGCCGUCUACAACACCUACUCCAAGAACGACGUUUACAUCGAGAGCAACACCGACGCCAACCCGUCCUCCCGCACCUACCUCACGCUGCGCACGUACCGCCACCCCGCCGGCAACUUCCAGUCCUCGGCCGAGAUCCAGUCCAUCUCGCCCAACUACAAGUACCUCUCUAUGCGGAUGUACUCGCGGACGCGCGGGGCCGCCGGCGGCGUGACAGCCAUGUUCACGUACCGGGACGCGGCGAACGAGGCGGACGUGCAGGAAGCCGACGUGGAGAUGCUGACGUCGGAUGCGACCAACCAGGUGCACUACACGAACCAGCCAGGGACGGUCGACGGCGUCGCGCGGCCCAACGCCACGCACCAGGUCGCGAUCCCCGGCGCCUGGACGUCGUGGCGCACGCACCGGUACGACUGGACCCCCGGCACCAGCACCUGGUACGUCGACGGCAAGCUCGUCAACACGAACCAGUUCCAAGCCCCCGUCGACCCCGCCACCAUCCUCUUCAACGCCUGGUCCGACGGCAGCAGCUGGAGCGGCACCAUGGCUUCCGGACAGAGCGCCCAGUUGCAAAUCCAGUGGAUCGAAAUCAUAUAUAACAACACGGCCGAGCCCUCGCGGUACGCCCAUUGCGCCAACGUGUGCAGCUUCGAUCGCGGCACGCAGCCGGGUGUGCCGUUAGUCAUCAGCUCUGGUCCGUAG